AUGUGCGUAACCGUUAGUGGUGAGCCUGCUUCUCGUGUGAAAUUUAUCUGUAAAACAGAUGAACGACUUACGUGUCCCUUCUGCAAGGAUAUUUUCAAUGAACCUUGGCAAACCUCUUGUGGACAUCGAUUUUGUAAAAAGUGUCUGGACGCGCUCUUAAGGUAAACUGUUUAAAAUCGUUUAACCACCACCUCUCUCCCCAAGACUGAGAGGCUGCUUUGUCCUUUAUUUUAACCUCCAGAAACAGUGAUGCUUUUGGAACACAAAGGGGACACGGCCUACAGCUCUUACAAUCACAUUCACAUCCAUUUUAUUGUUGUCGCAGAGUAUAUCAGUCACAAUUCAGACAGAAUCAAGAGCCCCCAAUUUUUCUUCCGACCUUUUCCUUAAAAAGAACUCAGGCUCCAAGGUUUGCUGUUUUAGACAUUUUCUAAAGACAGGUUUUGAUCUUUUAUUUUGCAGACUUGAUAUUCCCAAAUGCCCGUUGGACGGAGAAGAAAUACUACGAGAUCAGUACUUUCGAGACAGAUGCUGCGAGAGAGAAGUUCAUAACCUUCAAUGCUUCUGUCGAUAUAGAGACAGAGGCUGCGAUUGGAAAGGAGAAUUGGGAUACUUAAAGGUAGGAUUAAAGCAGUCACUUGGUACGACGUUGACGGACUAUACAGUGUUUCGAGACAGGUCACUCAAGGGUACACAGUGACAAACCCUUUUUACGGAGGUCACACAAAGUUGCAAUUUUUAAUGCUUCUUAAUUUAAGUAAGACAAACAGAUACUAUAACUGAUAUAUUUCUGAUAUUUAUUAAAUUCCCGAAAUAUGAGGGCCCACGUUUCAAGACGUUCUUUUUUUCCAACUGAUAAGAGCAAAAAAAACAAAACAAAACAAAGCAAUGAUCAUUUUCAAUGCCUAAGACCUGUUAUCUCAUUCAUUCUUCACACGUCAAUAACGGUCCAUUCCUUCCGCCAUGAACGGGGCAGACACCUAAGCUUUCGCUAUUGUUCUCGAUUUCUCUUACAAGCUGACUCCUGUCAUUUUUGCAGAAACAUGAAGAUAUAUGUCAGUAUGGCAAUGAGCAGUGCCAAGCAUGUGGAGAGUCAGUGGAGAGAAGGCAUCUUGAACAACACAGAACAAAGGACUGUAUCAACAGAGCUGUUGCCUGUACAUACUGUGGUGGGGAGGUUCUCCAAAGCAACAUGGAGGUAAGAAAUACAUGCGCUUUACCUUUACUAUACACCCUACUAAAAAAAGUAUUUGGGCGUUAAACUGAUGUUAUGACUAAUUGGCCUCAUAAACAGUGCAUAAAAUAUCUCAAUGCUUCUUUGAAGACGAGCAAAUGGCACAUGGUGGUACAAGGUGACAGCAGCGAUGAGAAAACACAGGCUCACUGUGUUUUGUAUGCGCGUCUGUCGCACUUUAAUUUAUUCUUUAACCAACGUUUCCCGCGCUUUGCAGUGCCAUUUUAUUUCCCAAGUAACGAUAUUCAUUGGUAGCGGCUCCUUUGAAUCACGCCAUUAAGUCUGUCUAUAACGCAGGGAUUAGGCGAAAUCACGUGCCAUUAUAGAAAAUUACUGAAUAAUUAUGAUGCAGGUUGGAGUCAGACUGUCUGGGUUGGAGUUAAGUAUACUGAUCCCGAAUACUGAUUGGAAAUGCGAAAUACUUACCAUAGAUAAAUGGGCUUAUGCUGAUGAUAGCGCAAAUCCAUAACUGGACUUUCCGGCCAGUCCGUCAUUGAAAUACACUUUUAAUCGUCACGGCUAUUUUCCUUUCAGAAUCAUGGAGAAGUCUGUCUUAAAUUUCCCAUGGAAUGCAAAUUGAAAUGUGGUCAAGACAACAUACCGCGUGACAUGAUGGAGGAACACGUGACUACACUUUGUCCUAAGGCGGAACAUUUGUGCCCUUUCAGUUGUCAAGGUUGCCAUUAUAGAGUAAGUAUUAUUUUCGGUUUGUGUUUUACAGCAAGCAUAAUGAGGUCGAGGAAACUGCUUUCCUGUUUGCGAUGGCAUUUUGCUCUAGUUAAAGUUAAUAAAAGCUUAUACUUAAUCUAAAAAACGGUUUCCCAAUGCUCGCUCUUCUUUGUAAUGUCGUUCCUAUUCCCUCUCAGUCAUUAAAUACAGCCUUCGAUGCAAACGGGUGCGGUUAAUUUUGGGACGCGCUUUGCUUCUUCGAAACCCUAAUCCAAACGAUUAGACAUGGGUUGUGUUGGUAGCAGAAAAUGGUCCUUGUAAUGGGAGGGAUGAAUAUGGGCUUGUGGCGGUCAUAACCUCUGUAACCUCGUCCAUCACAGAUAUAAUUAACAAUUAUUCCUCGAGCCCGAAUGGGCUCUGAGUCAAUAGCCCAUGAGGCCUAAGGCCGAAUGGGCUAUUGACUCAGAGGCCAUGAAGGUGAGAGGAAUAAUUGUUUUAGUAAAAUCCAACUAGUUGGUCAAAAAUAUCGAGGAUAAAAAAAAAUUAGCUACUUAAAACUAGACUUUAAUCCUUUUUUGCCGCCAAAAAGCGCGCGCUUUUCGCUACUAGUGGGCUAUAACAUAUAGCCUAGUAGUAGCUCAACCAAUCAGAACGCAGCAUUGAUAAUAGACCACUACUUGGAUUUUACUAAUAGUGGAUAGUCGGGUGUAAAAGUUGCCCCAAGUCACAAAUACAAAACUCUGCCAAGGUCCAUUGAGGCUACGCUUGCCCAUUUUGCUUUAGUUGUCCUUGCGCUUACUCGGUUCUUAUAUCCUAUACCUUUCUUUUUCUUUUAUCAUUUCUUUGUGUUCGAAUAUACGCAAAAAAAACUAAAUUUGAAAUUUGUUACUUUAACGAAGGGAACAAAAGAAAACCUUAACCAGCACAUCAAGGAUAGCAUGGCCGACCAUCUGGAAAUGAUGAACCAUUCCACACGUCAGUACAGCCUCAAACAGAAAGAACUGGAGGAACAAGUUUCCGGUCUGAUUAACGAGAAAAGCAUUCUAGAACGUCAGCUUCAAAACCAAACGGAAGAACUUGUUGCUGCAAGAAUCAACGUACAAACACAGCAAACCAAAAUAUCAAGGAUAGAAAAAUCCAUAAGUGAUCAACAAAAAGACUUCGAGAAACUCUAUCAUGAUUUAGAAGCACUCAAACGCGAAGAAAAUGAACCUGUUCUUUCGUCUCAAAUGAAGGAGAUUCUACAUUCUGUAAGAGAACACGAAAGAAAAGUGCAAUGCUUACAAAGUGAGUUGGAGAGUUUGAGAGUUUCUUCACGUGGCCGAAAUGACCUCGGGGUCCAGAGCCUGUCUGGCUCCUCCCAUCUUUCCUGCGAGCGACGCUUGGACAGAACUGAGCACCAACUAGCGUUACAUGAAAUUCAGCAAUCUGAACAGGAUCUUCAGGUUAGAAUGCUGGAGGCUACUUCUUAUGAUGGAGUUUACCUUUGGAAAAUCGACCAUUUUAGCCGUAGAUUUCAAGAAGCAGUUUCUGGUAAAACUCCAUCAAUAUAUAGCCCCCCUUUCUACGUUGGACGAUUUGGUUACAAAGUGUGCGCGCGUCUCUACCCUAAUGGUGAUGGGAUGGGUAAAGGAACGCACCUGUCAAUGUUUUUUGUUGUGAUGAGAGGUGAAUACGACGCCUUAUCACCCUGGCCGUUCGUUCAAAAAGUGCACUUUAAACUGCUUGAUCAAGACAGAGUCCGAGACGCCUGUGAUGCAUUUCGGCCCGAUCCCCAAAGUUCAAGUUUUAAAAGGCCAACAUCGGACAUGAAUAUAGCAUCUGGAUGUCCAACUUUUAUUUCUCAUCAGGAGCUACGGCGCGGUGGAUACAUUCGAAACGAUACAAUGUUUAUCAAAAUAACAGUAGAGUCCUCUGGAAUUCAAGGAGAUAUAUGAACAUGAAAAACGUUUUUAGGAAUAUUUUCUAUCUGAACAAUGAAAGUUUAAUUUUGAUUAUUUUAUUGUAUUUCAUUUUGAGAUGACUUUGGUUUAUAUAAUUAUUUCAAGGUAGAUAUAUUUUAAAAGAGACAUUUGAGUGUUGGUAUUUAAUAUUUAAAGAUGAAAAAAUAUAUUAAGUUAUCGCUAUACAAAUUACGGUGAACAAUUUUAAGCAGAGAAAAUAAUAAAUAUCUAUCUUGUUUACGGAAAAUUUCUCUUAAUUGUUCUUGUUUGUUUGUAUUUGUAUACUGAGGAACCCAGUCUAAACUCAGUUUUAAAAGACCGUCUCAGUAAAAAACCGCCUACUCAUGAUCAUUUAGCGUGAAAAAAAAAAAUUGCCUGAAACUCUGGCAGGUGAAAGGCUUUAUCAAAACCACAACUAAAAUAGGUUUGCUUUGAUACACAAUGAUUUUCUGGCCGCGCUUGGGGGCGCCAAGUAUUUUGUCCAGCCGCAGCUAGUUUGCACGUCCUGGAAAUUGAACAUUUGGCAUUUUUUGCGGCGCUGUAAGAUGUUUUGAAAUGUUUGAUUUGCACCAUCUGCAGCUACCUGCCAAUGAAUUUUAUACCUAUUCAUAUUUAUAGGUAAACCUCUGUUUUGCGGAAUUAGAAUUCUUAGAACCCAGCAGGCUGGUUCAAACAAAUCGAGAGGACUGUUAGUAUCUUUCGAUGUAACAACAAGAUUUAAUCCAAUCCAACAAUCUACUGGGAUGUACAAUUCUCACAUAUUCAACGGUCGUAACACAACGAUCAACUAAAACAUUCUAAGUUUGGUCAGAGGUUUUUCUACUAUCCUUAGGUAAGGCAGUAUUUUUACACUAAUCACAUGUACAGUAAAAGUUCCCAUUGUAAUGUAUCUAAGCUAAGUGACUAUUACAAAAUCGCUAGCCUGUUCCAGGCGUGGCGAGCGGUGCAAAGUAAAAAGGAGCGCGAAAAAAUAAAGGCGAGUGAGGAGGAGAGGUGGGAGAGGGAACGCCUGUAAGAUUUGUUUUAAAUAGACUUUUCCGCCCACUCAUACCGCAUCAGCUGUUGGUGGUCUUCACUUGUCAAUCAAGACUGGUGUUACAGCCCCAUACAUUUAUUAUUUUUCUUGCGAAUAAAUCUCAAAAUUUCUCAGAUCUAAAAUUAAUAUUAUGUAUACAUUAUCUUACUAAAAACCUAAUGUAAGACUUUCAAACGAUAGAGAGCGGGAGAAGUAUUCAUCUUGUACAAUGAAUUUAUUUACGGCUUAAAACAUGAUUUCAGCGUGUACGUGACAAAAAAAUUAUGAAUCAGGUACUAGUGACAAACAAAUAUCGCUCAUUUCGAUAGAAAGCCGUUUCAAUACAGAUCGUUAACUCAACCAAUGAAAAUGCACAACAAUUGAAGGGAAAAUUUACCAUUCGGUGAUUGAGUGGACCUCGUCAAUAAGGUCACUCAGCGCUGUGUUUGUUGAGAGUUCGAAUUCUGCGUGACGGGACGUAGAGUCUGUCAUCACCGUCAUAUCGCAUUUCUCUCUGUGAUCAAAGACGCUCCACUGUUGACAAAAACUGUCAACAUCAACCAAUCAGAGGGUGUACCAGAAUCUGGUAUACCGAACGCACUUUUGAUAAAAAUUCCUACAAGUAUUCCCGCACCUCUCUCCC